AUUUAUCAUUGUCUCCAAAGGAGAUGUGCCCGGCGGAACGGGGGCUACAGCAAUGACAUCUCCUCACACCACAGAGGGUGCUGCAGCAACAGUGGAGGCUUCUCAAGCCUCGAGGGACAUGGCUCCUUCUUCUGUGGUGGGGACGGCUCAGUCAUCUACAGCCGGGGAGCUUCAUCCUGCCAGCCCAUGCCAACAUCAUCCACCUACGGCAUUGCAGGGGGUUACAGAUGUGGCGGUGAUGGAUCUGUUGUAAUAGCCAGUGCUGAAAGUGGGGGGACAUCUGGCUGGGGAACUGCGGGGGGAACACUCCCCGUCUACGGCACUGGGGGAGGAAUAGGAUGUGGCAGUGAGGACUCAGGCCAGAACAUCAUUGGCAGCUCAGGGGGUGGUGGAGGAUCCAGCUGCCACAGUGGGAAAUUGGGCAUCACGGCGGGAGGAGGCUUGGGAUACGGAUACGAUUCAUUACCGAGAGAAAAGGCCUUAACAACAGGUGGGGGCGGUGGUAGAUCAGGGUACCAUAGUGGAGGAUUGGGCUAUGGCGUCAGGGGAUGCUCAAGCCCAGACCUCAGCUCAGGAGGCGGUGGGUCCUCCCAGACCAUGCAGAAGAAAUGCCCCGUGGUCAUUCCCAACAUCGAGGCCCACCAGAGCAAGCAGACCAGCCACUGGCCCCCCAGCCAGAAGAAGUGA